CUAUUGUCGCUAGGAAAUGUCCCGCCAUAACAGGAGUCAUUCGAGCCUGUGUAGGGACCUGAUAAGAACUUUUUUUUCUUCUUUAAAAAAAAAACAGAAAAGCAGGUUGAUGUUUUUUAAAUUCAUAUUUUACUUUACAUAUUUCAAUUUUGGGGAUCUUUAUUAUUCACCCGCACAGUAGGUGGCGGAAUGCACAUCACAUUGUUGCGAACGCCAUUAUACCACAGAAGAAGAAGAACAAUUGCGCGUAUCUCCCGCUUCACUACAUUGUUGUCAUUUAUCAACAUAUACGGCUUGUUUUUUGCACGUUAUCUUGGAAAUUGAAUAGUAUUUACUUCACACAAGAAAUACGCAUCUGUAAUUUGGGCAGGACAAGAUGGCGAGCUGCAAUUUUCAGGCGCAGUUGGUAUCGGUUAUGGAGGUAUUAGCUAAAGCAGCAGUAGCAGAAAUAAACAAACGUGUAGAUGAUAGCUGUGCUGUUAUACGUUUGGAAAUGACCCAAAGCCAGCGAGAUAUUGAUGUACUGAAAAGGAAGUGGCAAAUUAUGGAGAGCGAGCUGGAGAAGACGCGCAGACGAAAAGGUUUUUACCCCGUGGCUUCAGAGAGAUCUUCAUAUCCAGUCAAGAUUGUUUUGAAAAAACAGAGGAGUAACUCACAGUGCAGAGACGAAGAGCUGGCUGUUGAAGAGGACUCUCAACCCCAGCCUACAAAUGUGGAGCAGAGAGUGGAGACUGAACCCAUACUGAUCAAAGAUGAGGAGACAGUAGAGGAUGUGUGGAAGACUGACCCUCAGGAAGAGCUCAGGAUCACUGGAGAGGAGUCUGGUUCCAAGCCUGGGAAAUCACCAUCCUUUGAGCAACGGCACUGUGAUGAGGACUUCAUCACGCAACCCAAUAUAUCUCCCAGAGACUCAGUGGAACAUUACCCCAAUUCUGAUCGUCCAGAGAAACCAGGCACAACCCAGCUCGCAUCUACAGAGGUGUUCAGUACAGAGCAGCACCGGCCAGACAAGGACUCACUAGACCUAGUGAUGGUGAAAGAGGAGGAGCUGGAUCAGACCACGGGCCUGGCAGGACCUGACCAGUUUGUCAUGGAUGAGACUGAUGGGCAGCUGUGGACCUCUGUGGAUCCAGGCAGAGACACUGACCCUGAUGGUCACCCAGAUUUCUCCUUUCAUUCCACAGAAGAGUACUCUCAGAAUAUCUCAAUGGUCCCAUCUCAUAGUGGGCUGCCAUCUGUUCCUACUAUGACAGAUGAUGUAGGGCCAUCGCUUCACUCUUCUAUAUGGAAACCACAUGCUAACAUGUUCAGUGCAGCAGCACACAUGAAAAGACAUGUCAGGACAUUGGCUGAUGAGACUAGACAACAGAUGCCAGAGGGACAGAGCAGUGAGAUGCUGAACUCAAGUAAUGAAGGAAAUAGUUUAGCUCUACAGCCAAGACUGCAUCAAUACAGGGCUUCAGAAGCAACAGUGAGAUUGAGUGAGUGCAUGACAGGGUCAAACAUGGCCACCACCUCCACCUUCUCUGGAUACAGUCUGAGUCACAGUAGUUUUAACAUGGUGAAGAGAAUGAGGAGUCAGUGGAGAUCUGGCGGCACCACCGAGAGGCGUUUCAGCUGCACCUUCUGUGGUAAGAGCUUCCAGCGUCUCUGCCAGCUCAAAGAACACCUCCGAAGUCACACCGGAGAGAAACCGUACACCUGUGAACAGUGUGGCAGGAGUUUUACCAAGCAGUGCAACCUGAUCAGACAUGCUAUGGUCCACAGUGGGGAGAAACCGUAUGAGUGCACACAGUGUGGGAAAUGCUUCACCCGGCGCUCCAAAAUGACGUCACAUCAGAGAACUCACAUAGCAGAGAAUGCAGUGUCUCAAUACGUGAUACCUGCAUACCCUGGGGAUCCACACACAAGUUUAAUGUAGUCUCAGAACAGAUGGAACAAAUAGAAACUUAAUUGCAUUGUUUUUCGCUAACACUUUCUUUGUGAAAUUGUGGUACAGAAGCUAUUUUGAAACGUUUUGACAAGUUUUUCCUACAAAUUGAUAUGUGAAUAUGUUUGACUGAUGGCUCAUCACUUUCAUUAUAACAACUUAUUUACAACUGGUAACAAUGUGUGUUUGUACCACAAAAUCAUAAAAACAACGUUAUAUAAUAAAUAAUCAUAUUGAUUUCAUGAGUCAAUCUGCACUUUUAGAUGAAUGAUAAUACAUGGGACAAUUAUAUAGCGCUUCUCAAUGACCCAAAGUCGAUUUAGAAUUGUAGAAACUUUUUAAAAACUGACCACUACAAGACAACACCAGCAGGGAGAAACUUUUAAAAAUUUAAAAGAAGGGGGAGGGCCUUAAAGUAGGGAAAAUAGUGUGAUGUGUCCUCAGUCCUCAUCUCUUUUUGAAAAAGGUCCAAGGUAAUGGAGGAGUAGCGACGAGGAGAGUGAUGGACAUAAAUGUGCUUGUAUUUAAUGAGACAGUCCUUGUCCACUUGAGCAUCAUCAGGGAAGGACGGUUACAGGGAUGGAUCCCAAAAUAAAUGAGUAAAGUGAUAAUUUGUUUAAGUUAGUUGUGCAAGACAUUUUAUAGAUUAAAGCAUAAAUAGCAUAUCAUUUUUAAAGGUGAACUGCGCUCACUGAUUGCGCUUGUGAUACUUCCGGUGCUCAUUAAGAAAUACAGCAGCCAUUCCUGAAGGCCAAAAUAGUUGUCUUUGUGGUUUAAUGUGGAUGUUUCUUUGCCCUUUCAAUCACAACAAACAAACGGGGACAAGGCUGAGUAACAGUGAGUUAAGCUAGCUUUGAUACAAUUGAAUGCAUUCAACUGCAAUGUGUAUUUUUAGGGGUAAUCAGAGAGGAGCGGGGGGCUGCCUUAAUCUACAUCCACGUCAUCGGCACCUGUGGAACAGUCUUGCUCAGGGAUAGGAUGACAGAUUUUUAACAUGUCAGCCCAAGGAUUCGGUCCAGCAACCUUUUGGUGACUGGCCAAACGCUCCUACCCACCAGGCUACCUGCCUGACUUAGAAGUUUUGAAGUUAACUUCUCUUGAUCUCAAGAUGAUCUGCUAAUUCAGUUCUAUGUGUAGACAAAAGCCUUUGUUGAUCUUGUGUUUAGCCAGCCUGACAGCAGCUAGCUAGCUAGCACAGUUUCGAGAGGCUAGCUGGGUGAUAUUUCUCUGUCAAAUCAGUUACAGUGCAUUCAGAAAGUAUUCAUAUCCAUUGACUUAUUCCACACUUUGUGUUACAGCCUGAAUUCAAAAUGUAUUAUUUAAAAAAAUUACACACUACCCCAUAAUG